GUCAGUUUUUGGGACCCCCCCAUGGAGUAGCUGAGCUGCAGAAGUUAACCGGGAAGUUAAAUAAUCACAGUAAAAGUUUAACUGUCAGGAAUUUGGGUGAAUGUAACCAACCGCAGGAAAGUAAAAAGUUUUUUAGCUGCAAUGACUGUCGUAAUUGGAUUCGAGGGCAGUGCCAAUAAGAUUGGCAUAGGAAUCAUCAGGGAUGGAGAGGUGCUUUCCAACCCUCGACGGACCUACAUUACCCCUCCUGGUCAAGGGUUCAUGCCAAGCGACACUGCCAGGCACCACCGCGCUGUCGUACUGACCGUCCUCGAGGAGGCGCUGGAGCAGGCGGGGCUGAAGCCUGCAGACAUCGACUGUGUGGCGUACACCAAAGGUCCUGGUAUGGGUGCCCCCCUGGUGACGGUGGCUCUGGUGGCUCGAACAGUCGCACAGCUUUGGGGGAAGCCUCUCCUCGGCGUCAACCACUGCAUCGGCCACAUUGAGAUGGGCCGACUCAUCACAAAAGCCAACAACCCCACCGUGCUCUACGUUAGCGGAGGGAACACACAGGUUAUUGCAUACUCAGAGCGGCGCUACAGAAUAUUCGGGGAGACCAUCGACAUCGCAGUUGGCAACUGUUUGGACAGGUUCGCUCGCGUUAUAAAGAUUUCCAAUGACCCCAGUCCAGGUUACAACAUAGAGCAGAUGGCCAAAAAAGGGAGUCAGUUUGUGGAGCUGCCAUAUACAGUAAAAGGAAUGGACGUGUCAUUUUCUGGGAUUUUAUCCUACAUUGAGGACGUUUCACAUAAGAUGCUGAGCUCUGGUCAGUGUACACCAGAGGACCUGUGUUUCUCCCUGCAGGAGACCUUGUUCUCCAUGCUGGUGGAGAUCACAGAGAGGGCCAUGGCUCACUGCGGCUCCCAAGAGGUCCUGAUCGUCGGGGGUGUUGGCUGUAACAUGCGUCUGCAGGAGAUGAUGGGGGUGAUGUGUAAGGAGAGAGGAGCCAAGCUGUUUGCCACGGAUGAACGGUUCUGCAUUGACAACGGUGCAAUGAUCGCUCAAGCCGGCUGGGAGAUGUUCAGGGCCGGUCAGGUGACGGAGCUGGAGGACUCGUGGAUUACACAGAGGUACAGAACAGAUGAGGUGGAGGUGACGUGGAGAGACUGACUAAUGGACUGAGCAACAUGUUGGUGCUACAGAUGUUGUUGCAGCAGGUCUGUUAUGGCAGCUGGUUUAGAACUUUUCUAAAGACGUCUGAAGGGACACUUGAACUCUGGGGGAAAAAAAAAUAACUAUUGGGCAAACUUUCCUCUGAGAAGUUUUUCUGUUUUCCCCUGCAUUAGUUUUAAGGUGCACAUCUCAUCUUCAAUCUACGGUGGCCUCAAAUACAGCAGCAGCGAGGGUACUGUAUAUUUAAUUUUGGAAUACCUUGUUACUCCUGAGUUUCUGGUGAACAUUUGGCCUCUACACAUUUCUGGUCAGCAGAGGGAAGAAAAUCUGCAAGGUUGCGCAUUUGAUGCUGAGAUCAGCGCGGCCUGGGUCGCUGCCGAUAUGGAGUCACUUUUGUUGUUCCCGUACUUCUUACGUUUAAACGUUAUAAAUGCAGCUACUCCCUAUAUAAAACAUCUGACGGCAAAGCUUUACUGCUUAUGUUUGGUUGUAAAUAGCUCGUCUGUUAUUGCAGAGGGAAACAUUAACAGAAACAUGUGAGUUUUCCACUGUUGGUGUGUACAGAAGUGAAUAUGAACUGAUAAUAAAAAAGGACAAGCUGGAACUUAUCAAGUUUAUUCAUUUUUAUUAAGCAAUACUGUUUCACUUACAUUCCUCCUCUUUCUCCAGUGUAAUUUUUUUUUUUAUUCAAUAAAUUUUCUUUUCAAAAUCAACAUACCGAACAUGGUGAGAUCCCUUAUGGAUUCAUGAGUAACAUUCACCCGAUUAGGGAACCAAAUAAAAAAAAAAAAAAAAAAAAA